AAGUACUUUUAAGGGACAAUGAUCUGAUUCACUCACAUUGUCCACCAGAUGGCAGCAAGUAUGCAGCAUUCAGAGACCGCCUGGUAUUUAAAGUUAAUGUGAAAGCGCUCCACAAUGCGAUGCUUGGUUAAACUCAUGACGUCUGGCGGGCCAAAUUGAAUUGGCCGUAGUUUGGACACCCCAGCUUUAAAUGAUUGCCAUUAAAUGUAAAUGUAACACCGAUCUCUCUUUGCUUUGUUUCUUAAGAUGCUCACGAAAGGACCGUUGUGAACGAGCGAGGGAACCUCAGAGGUUCGCCACAGACCAGAGGCAGUGUGUGCAGCUCACCGUUCAGCCUAAAAACAUCUCCGUCACCAUGUCUGAAGUACAGCUGGUCCUGCAGGCUGCUAAUGUUCCUGACUUGGCAGCAGGGGUCAACUGCUCCUUCGAGGACUACGUGGAGACGGAGGGGAUAAUCCAAGGCGGAUACAUUUACUGCCUGUCUCCCUCCGCCCGUGACGUCAUCCCCAUCACACGGAACAAAGGUGACAAGCGGGUGGUGAAGCUCUAUCUCAAGUCCAAAGAAACCGGAAGGAAGUUCGCCAGUGUGGAUUUUGUCUUCUACAACUGCAGCGUCCACCAUUCCUGCCUCUCCUGCGUCAACGGCUCCUUCCCGUGCUACUGGUGCAAGUACCGCCACAUGUGCACCCAGAACGCCAACGACUGCUCCUUCCAAGAGGGCCGCGUCAACGUCUCGGAGGACUGCCCGCAGAUUCUGCCGUCCACACAGAUCUUCAUCCCGGUGGGCGUGACCAAGCCCAUCACCUUAGCUGCCAAGAACCUGCCCCAGCCCCAAUCAGGCCAGAGGAACUACGAGUGUGUGUUCCACGUCCAGGGGGAGACCCUCAGCGUCCCCGCCCUGCGCUUCAACAGCUCAUCCAUCCAGUGCCAGAAGACAGCGUAUGCCUACGAGGGGAACGACAUCAGUGACCUGCCUGUGGAUUUGUCCGUGGUCUGGAAUGGGAACUUUAACAUCGACAACCCCUACAACAUAAAAGCUCACCUGUACAAGUGCUACGCCCUGAGGGACAGCUGCGGCAUGUGUCUGAAGGCCAACCCCAGGUUCGAGUGCGGCUGGUGCGUACAAGAGAAGAAGUGCUCCCUGCGCCAGGAGUGCACGCCCGCCGAGAGCACUUGGAUGCACGCCACCACGGGGAACAGCCGCUGUGCACACCCCAAGAUCACCAAGCUGUUUCCUGAGACCGGGCCCAGGCAGGGAGGAACCAUGCUGACGAUCAUGGGCGAGAAUUUGGGCCUGCAGUUCAAAGACAUCCAGAGCGGAGUCCGCAUCGGAAAAGUGGCCUGCAAUCCUCAAGAAGAUCAGUACAUCAGCGCCGAGCAGAUCGUGUGUCGACUCAACGACGCCACAGGUUACAGGGUGCAGGAGGCCCAAGUGGAAGUGUGCGUGAGGGACUGCAGUCAUCCCGACUACAAAGCGGUCUCGACCAAGGCCUUCACUUUUGUGUCUCCAUACUUCACCCACGUCACUCCGUCCACCGGGCCGCUGUCUGGAGGAACACGGAUCACCAUAGAAGGAAGUCAUCUCAACGCCGGCAGCGCCGUGUUUGUGAAGAUAGGACUUCAUGCCUGCCGCUUUGAGAAGCGCAGCAGCAAGGAGGUGGUGUGCGUGACCCCGGCGGGCCUGGCCCCGGGUACCACCCCCGUCAUGGUGGACAUCAACUCUGCCGAGCUGAGGAACCCCGAGGUGAAGUUCAACUACACGGACGACCCCACCAUCCUCAGGAUGGAGCCCGACUGGAGCAUUGCCAGUGGAGGAACCAUGUUGACCAUCACAGGAACCAACCUGAGGACCAUCACCAAGCCCAAGAUGAGAGCCAAGUAUGGAUCUGCCCAGUCCGUCAAUAACUGCACGGUGCUCAACAACACGGUGAUGGUGUGUCUGGCUCCCUCCGUGGCCGGAUCCGACAAAGGCUUCUCCGAGGCGGGCAGCAGUCCGGACGAAAUCGGCUUCAUCAUGGACGACGUGCACUCGGUUUUGGUGGUCAACGAGACGUUCAGCUAUCACCCGGACCCCGUGUUUGAGCCGCUGAGCCCCAACGGCAUGUUGGAGCUGAAGCCCAGCUCUCCGCUUAUACUCAAGUAUGCCUACGAGGGGAACGACAUCAGUGACCUGCCAGUGGAUUUGUCCGUGGUCUGGAAUGGGAACUUUAACAUCGACAACCCCUACAACAUAAAAGCCCACGUACAGUACGCAGAGAAUGGGUUUCCAGGGCCGAGCAGCUGCAUCUAA